AUGAGCGCAUCCAGCUUGACGACGUCUCAAUCCACUUUCGCUACCACGGCGAAGGACCGCCCGUUCUGCUCGUGCAUGGCUUUCCUCAACACUCACACGGUGAUCGCCCCAGACAUCCGCGGAUGCGGAGAAUCGUCCAUCCCCACCUCCAAGAACUACACCGCUGCAGCCGCAGGCGCAGAUCUCAAAGCCAUCCUAGACUACCUCAACAUCUCCUCCACAUACGUCUUUGCGCACGAUAAGGGUGUGGGACUGGCGACUUCCCUCGCUAUCGAACACCCUUCGCUCGUCAAAGCCAUCAUCCUCGCUGAAUACGUCCUCCCAGGAUAUGGAUAUCCUUUAACCGUUCAGAGUUCUAGUUUGUACCAAAAUUGGCAGCUCGCAUUCUUUGCCGUGCCCGAUGCAGCAGAGUUCUUCAUCCGAAACCGCGAGAAACAGAUGUUGAGCUGGUACUUCUUUCACGCGAGUUAUUCUGGUACGGCGGCAGUGAGCGAGGAUCAUUUGCAGCGGUAUACGAAUGAGAUUGCGAAGCCGGGGUUCUUGAGGAGCGGUAUGGAGUAUUUUGCGGCGGCGUGGGAUGAUGAAGCGUACUUUACUUCGGUAUUUGGAAGUGGUCAUAGGUUGCAGAUGCCGUUGUUGGCCUUGGGUGGUGAGGCGAGCUUUGGGCCCGUGUCGCUGUUGGAAGAGGUCUGGUCGCAGAUUGGCGAUGACGUUGUUGCUGAGUUGAUUCCGAAGGCUGGACACUGGAUUGGUGACGAAAACCCAAUUUGGACCGGCAAUCGCGCUUUGCGCUUUUUCGAAGGAGCCGGGGAAGUGAGCAGCGUUGAUCUGUCCUACCUCAAAGACCGAGUGACUCUACAAGGUGGUACCAUAUGA